CAGGUUUUUGGGUGUCGUCAGUGAUUCGGGUUAUUAGGAUAGCUAGCCCCACUUUAGUGUCACAUGACAACAAAAUGGAGUAUGACGGUGAAAUAGUGGUAUUCUGUUCAUUCGGUUCAGUUUAGAAAUUAAGCACUGCUGGAUAAAGUCAAGUGUAAAGAAUGGCCGGAAAUACUUUGACGGAGGCUGGAGCAUCCUAUUCCAAGGCGGUAGGAUUUGUGUACCUGUUUAACCUGAUUGUGGGUACAGGAGCACUUACAAUGCCUUUGGCGUUCCAAAAUGCAGGAUGGAUGUUAAGUCUGGUUGUCAUCAUUUUGCUUGCUGGAUUCAGCUACAUGACAGUUACUUUUGUACUGGAAACCAUGGCAACAGCCAAUGCAACACUUUUCUUACACAAAAAAGAAGACUUUGUGUACAGUAGACAACAGUCUAUUCAUGCUAACAUUGGAGAUUCCAUAGAUGCAAUAGCCAAUGCACACUCAGCAACUGUUCAAGAAGAUUUGGAUGAGAAAAGCCCUCUUUUAAAGAGUGAGGAAAGAGAUAAAACAACAAUUAAGAAUUAUCGGGAUGACAUGUUUGACAUCACAGAAAGGGUGGAGUUGGGAAAAAUGGCAGAAUUAUUUUUCAAUAAAGUGGGAGUUGUCUUAUUCUACCUGUGUAUGGUGCUAUACCUGUAUGGAGACCUGGCUAUUUAUGCUGUGGCUGUCCCAAAAUCACUCCGGGAUGUACUAUGCACAUUUAAACAUAGUGGCAACGGAAGCGUUGACUGUGAAAAUUUGACCUUGAGGAACUCUGACCCCUGUUGGGAGAGCUCGAGGCUGGACAGAGCGGACGUGUACAGAAUCAUGGUGGCCGUGUUUGCUGUGGCCCUUGGUCCCUUUACCUUCUUCAAUAUCCAGAAAACCAAGUACCUCCAGUUGUUUACUACAGUCACCAGAUGGUUAGCAUUUAUGAUCAUGAUUGUUUUAACUAUCAUAAGGCUGGCUAACAAUGGCGGCCAAGGACAUCCAACAGUGGCCAACUUCGAGGGAAUUCCCAAUCUGUUCGGAGUCUGUGUGUACUCCUUUAUGUGUCAUCAUUCACUGCCGUCCCUCGUGACGCCAAUCAAGAACAAGAGCAAACUCUUCAUAAUGGUUUUUGUUGACUUUGUUUUAAUUUUGUUGUUUUAUGCCCUUAUGUCUUUCACGGGAGCAUUCGCAUUUCACCAACCCAAGGACAUAUACACCUUGAGCUUUCUUCCAGAUCCAUGUGAUGUCAAACAACCAAUCACAAAUCUAGCAGUGUUGCAAUAUUACCUAGCUCUUUUCCCUGUUUUUACCCUAAGCACAAGUUUUCCAAUUAUCUCCAUUACACUCAGGAACAAUUUGAAAACCAUGUUUUAUCGAGAAGAGCGGCCAUUUUCUUGGUGGGUUGACAGGAUCGUCUUUCCCUUGGCUGCCAUCUUUCUUCCCAUCGUCAUUGCCUUGGCAACGGACGAGGUGGAGUUUCUUGUUGGAAUAACAGGGUCUUACGCUGGGGCAGGAAUCCAGUAUGUCAUUCCAGCUGCUCUUGUCUUGGUCUCACGGAGAUCUGUCAAAGCCGAUCCUUCCAUCUCCUCUUUAAACAACAGAUUUACCUCCCCUUUUAAGCACACAUUCUGGGUCAUUUUAGUUUUUGUAUGGUCUUUUCUGGCAAUAUCUUUUGUAACAGUAAAUCACAUUUUAACAAAUAAAUAGUAGUUAUUUUAUAUGAUGCAAAUUAGUUUGAGUACAAUUUUUUUUUUAGCAACAUUUGUCUUUUUUUGUCUUUAUAAAACUAUUCAUUAAUGUUUUUAUGCUCAGGUUUUUUCCCUUUCUCAUUUUUCUCAUGCAAUCCUUGAAGUCAGCAAUUAUUUUUACCACUGUUGUAUGAAAUUCUGUAAUCUGCAUGUACAUGUUUUUGUUAAGGUUUAUCGAUGAUCUAAAAUGGUUCCAACAUGUGCAAGGCUGUGAAUAAGCACAGAGAAAACACUAUUUCUUUGGGUUCUGGCUUUGUAACUGUUAUACAUGUACUAGAAAUAAAUCCCAAGCAAUUUUCAACGACAUCCAAUUUUUGAUUUGUUUAUACAAAAAAACAAAUUUGAUAUGUAUUUUUAUCCAAAGUUGUAUCUUACCAGGUAAAUUACCUCUCUGACUUACUGAAAUGAAACAAGCUGCAAUUUUUUGAUUUGGAAAUAUUUCAUUGUAAACGUUUAUUUUACAUUUUUAGACGAUUGAUAUUUCCUUGCAAUCGUACUUUAAAAUUUAAAAGAUACAGCUUGUUCUUAUUUCUUUUAUUCACUAAAUAGUGUACUAGGGUAUAAAACUGUGCAUUUUUAAUUUUCCAUUUUAACCAAACUUUUUGCUGUUGAUCUCAAAGCUAUAUAUACAUGUAGUUAUAUCAAACAUGUUCCAUUUUAUUGUAAACUAUGCUAAUUCUCCUAAACAUUGCUUAAAUAAUCAGAAUUGCUACAAAUUAUUCUUGAGAAUUAUAGAAAACAUGUACAUUUUUUUUUAAAAUCUUCCUUUUUUGAGUACCUUGAUGGAAACUGUAUUUGUAUAAAAGUUGAAUAGUUGAUCAAAUAUUUUAUUUUAUUUCAAGAAGGAAUAAGUAUUGAAGAGCAUGCAGGCAAACCUUGUUAAAAUUGAAUAUGAUUGAAUUAAAGGUAUUUGAUCUUUUAACAUUAAGAAAUAUUUUUUUCAUCAUACAUAUUUGUAUACAAGUUAACAUGUUGUAUUAACCAUGCAAUAAUUUGAACAAAUAUCCAAGCCAUUUGUAUAGUUUAACAGUGCCAAAUAUUUAUUUUGUUUAAACAGAAAAGAUAUGUUGUAUUUUAUAACUAUAAACUGUGUAAAUAUUUUGUUUAAAUUCAAUAGAAAAUAGAAGUUCUAUGGAAAAAUUUGUGUAGAUUCAUCUUGAAAUUAGAUAUGGUAAGUCAAAUACAGCACACAUUUUAUAAGUGCACAUAAAUUGCCAAAUUGUUCAUGUGAUUCAAUCUGAAUUUUUUUCAUUGAGCCACAGUUUUGCAGCUAUUGGCAUUAAUAAUUCUAGUAACAACAUAUCAGACCUUUAAUAAUGCUUUGAAAUUUUAAGUGUCAUAUUAUGGUUUCUUCUUUUAAUCUGUCAAAGUAAAGCAAAGUACCCUGUAUGAUUUGUUAAAUAAAUUAUUUAACUCCAUUGUA